AUGGAAUAUCUUUUGUUUCCUCCAGUCAUCAGUUUCACUAUUCUGUUUUCAUGUUCACAUUAUUGUCGAUUUCCAUUAGAAAUAUUAUUUUCUUCUUUCCUUUCUUCUUUACUUCACUGCUUUCAUAUUUCCUCCUUUCGUUUCCCUUUUCUCUACCUCUCUCAUUUUCUUUCAAUCGUUCUAUUUCUACCGACAUUACUAUCCUUUCUUUUCUUUUCGCUUUUUUUUUUCGGCACUCGUCUCUCAAUUCCUAAUUUUCUUUCCGUUUGUUAUUUCCCAUUUUCCAUUGCAAUUUGCUUCCUUAACUUCUUCCCUCGUCUUUCUUUCUUUCUUUCUUUCUUUCUUUCUUUCUUUCUUUCUUUCUUUCUUUCCAUACACCCUUUUUCUCAUAUCAUUCUAUUUCUUUCUUUCCCACACUUUUGUUUCUUUAUUUCAUUUUCUUUCUUCUUUUGUUUACAUUUGUCUUCCUUUGCUUCCCAUACUUUCAUUUCUGAUUUUUUUUCUUUAUUUUUCUUUUCUUUUCUUUCUUUUACCCAACUUUUUUUUUUUUUUCCAUUCUUUUUGUUUCACCCUCUAAUUUGUCAUCCUCCUUUCACUCUUUUACGCCAUCUUUCUUUCUUUCUUUCUUUGAUCCAUUUCAUUUCUUUUCUUAUUUUCUUCUUCGUGUUAUCUCCCUUUGUUCUUCUUUCUUUCCUUUUUUUCUUUCUUUGUCUCUUUUUUUCUUUCUAUCUCUCUUUUUUCUUUCUUUCUUUCUUUUUAACCCCUAGCAUUCUAUUUGCUUCCAUUUUGUCUUCCUUUCUUUUCGGGUUUUUUUUUUCCUUCCUUUCAUUUACUUAUCAUUCUUGUUUCACUUUCUCCCACUUACAUUUCUUUCUUUCUUUCUCUUUCCUUUUUUUCUCUCCAUUUCAUGGUCAUUUUACUUGCAAGGCAUGUUUUGUCACCUUUUCUUUCUCCACGCCUUCUUUUCAUUCUAUUUCCUUUCCUUUCUUUUUUCAUUCUUCUGCUUUCCCUCUUUUUUCUUAA